AUGAAGUUCCAAAACACCGUUGCCGCAUUGGCGACGGCUGGCCUCGCCACCGCUCACGGCCACGGCCACGCUCACGCCCACAAGCGCGCUACUGAGACCGAGAUUGUUUCGGUCCCCGGCCCUGUUGUGUAUGACUUUGUUGUCCUGGAUCCCGCCAAAGCCAACGGCCCUCAGUCCAUCACCAUCGAGGAGGCCUGCGCGGGUCUCGCGAACCAUGAGCUUGAGUGGCUCGACUCUGCCGUUGCUGCUGCUUGCCCAAGUAGCAGCACAACCACCGCCAAGCCCACCUCGACUACCACGUCCGCCCCAACAACAACCGCUACCGUUGCCCCUGCCAUCCUCCAAGAGACCUCGGCUCCCACCAGCAGCACCACCACCACCACUAAAGCGGCUGCUCCUACUAAGAGCUCUUCGUCCAGCUCGAGCUCCGGUGCGAAGGGCCUGACCGCCAACUUCCCCGACGGAGAGAUCGACUGUGGUGACUUCCCUUCGGAUUACGGUGCUAUCGCCCUUGACUAUCUUGGUCUUGGUGGUUACUCCGGUAUCCAGUACGUCACUAUCUUCGAUGACCUGGUCAGCGAUAUUGUGACUGCCGUUACUGGUGAUGAGUGCCACCACGGUGCCAUGUGCUCCUACGGUGCUACCGGCCAGUCCGUUGGUGGUCUCGAGUGCAAGCUCGAUAACAAGCUCUACCUCACCAACACGAAGCACAAGCAGCUUUGCAUUCCUGGUGUCGGCGGUGUUCACGUUAAGAACAAGAUGUCCCACGACGUUGCCGUUUGCCGUACUGAUUACCCCGGUACCGAGUCUGAGACUGUUCCUCUCUCCGCCUCCCCUGGCACCGUUCACGACCUGACUUGCCCCAACGGUGACGACUAUUUCUUCUGGGAGGGCAAGGUCACCUCCGCCCAGUACUACGUCAACCCCAAGGGUGUGUCUACUGAGAAGGCUUGCCAGUGGGGUGAUGGCACCGAGCCCAUCGGUAACUGGGCUCCCAUCAACCUUGGUGUCGGUUACACCAAGAAUGGAAAGUUCCUGUCCAUCUUCCCCAACACCCCGACCACCACCGAGACCCUUGACUUCAACGUUAAGCUUGAGGGUGACAACCUCAGCGAUGAGUGCCGUUACGAGGAUGGCAAGUUCUACGACUCCAAGGGUCCCAUCAGCGGCAACAGCGGCUGCACAGUCGGUGUCACCUCCGGCAAGGCCUACUACGUCUUCUACGACUAA